UUUCCUGGCUUUUGUUUGCCAUUAAUUAAUUAAUAAUAUAUAGUAAAUAACGAUAAUUUGAGUUUGGUGGUUUUACAUCAAUAUUUUGUGUGUUUCGAUGGUUUAACUUUGCAUACAUUUGGAUUACCCUGGAGAAAGUUGUCCAAUUGUUUGAAGAAAACUUUGCAAAAAUAAUAACAAAUCGGCCAGAAUCAUGAUACGCGACUGGAUGCCGGUUUUAUUCUGCGGCUUGGCCAUACCCAUAUCGCUAUUUAUGUGGAUCGGUAAUGUGGCUAUAUCGAAACUCUGGAAUUCUACGGACUUUGAAGAAUUUCGAGUGAUAACGCCGCUGCGUUGGCUAUUCUCCACACUGGCUCCAUUGGCUCUCAUGACCAUGGCCCUGCGUCGCCGUUCGGUUAGCAAAUCCGGCGGAGCCUUGGGCAUUCUAUUGGCCUUUAUUCUGUCCAUUGCCAGUCAUCCGUUCUUUGUCAGUUUGAUUGUGUUCUUCUUCAGUUCGUCGAGAGCAACGAAAUUUCGUGGACAUAUGAAAAGGAAAUUCGAACACGACUUCAAGGAGGGCGAGGGACAAAGGAAUUGGGUCCAAGUGCUAUGCAAUGGCGGCAUGGCCACCCAAUUGGCAUUGCUCUAUCUGAUCGAUUGUGGCAGUGGAGAACGUGCAAUAGAUUUCGUUAAGGAAUAUCGUUCCAGUUGGCUGGGCAUUGCGGUGAUGAGUUCAUUUGCCUGCUGCAACGGUGACACCUGGUCCAGUGAACUGGGCAGUGUCCUCUCCACCCGAGAUCCCAUCUCAAUAAUCAGUUGGCGACGCGUGCCCCGUGGCACCAACGGCGGCAUCUCACUGAUUGGUGUUGUUGUUAGCCUUCUGGGUGGCUUACUGGUUGGAUUUGGUUACUUUGUAACCGUCCGCUAUACAGUGGAAGCCAAGGUUUUGUUGGUCAGUCCGCCCCAAUGGCCAAUCAUUAUAAUUGGUGGUCUGGCAGGAUUAUUUGGUUCCCUGUUGGAUUCCCUGCUGGGUGGCUUGCUACAAUAUUCGGGCAUUGAUGCCAAGGGCAAAAUAGUCGAUGCCCCCGGCAAGGAUGUGCGCCAUGUCAGCGGCUUGCGCAUUUUGGAUAAUCACAGUGUUAAUCUCAUCUCCAGCAUUGUCAUGGGCGUCACUAUGCCAUUGAUGGCUCUCAAAUUCUGGCCAACCAGAUGAAGAACGAACAAAAUGCAUUUUCAUUCAUUAUAUAGGGGAUAUAUCCAAUAUUUUAAUUGUUGUUUUUCACCUCGCUCUAUCAUGCUUCCAUUAAUAUUAAUAACUUUAACUAAUGAGACUUUAGCAAUUUUGCAACGAUGGACUCGAUUGAAAUAUGUUAACGGGAAUCUAGUGACUGUUUCAGCUGUUAUCCUUUUUAUAUAUAAUAUAGUUUAUGUGGUUGAAUAUAUCUAUUGUAAUUAACAUUUUAAACAACUAGUGCAAUGCGCUCGAAAAAUUCAUGUGAAUUAAAAGAAUAUAUAUUUUAAAAC